CUCCCACGACCACAACUGCACCUUCGACAGCCAGCAUCCACGCCCGCCCGUAGGCGCCGCGCCCAACCCGCCACAAUGCCCCACCACGCGCCCGCGCCCCCGGCGCGCCCGUUCUCGCCCAGCCCGCCGCGUGAGAACCGGCACAGCUCGAGCCGCCCGCCGUCGCUGCUCUUCGGCGCGCCGCCCACGGCGACGAGCAGCGUGGGCUUAGUCCUCGGCCUGCCGCCCUCGCCGUCCCCGCGCCUCUCGGCCUUCCCGGGCGCCGGCGCCGCGCCGAAUGGCCCGUCCCCGUCGUACUUUGACCACCAGCCACGACGCCGCCGCUCGUCCAGCUCGUCCGUCUCGACGACGUCUUCUGCAUCCCCACCGCUCGGAGCAACGCCCAUCCUCGCCGCCCUCGAGCCUACCCCCAUCAGCAUGCCGCGUUCCCAGCGCGACGGCAGCGUGGAUGACUUCUCGCCUUCCUCGACCUUCCCCGGCGAGGACCGAGCGCCAGCCCCAACAACAGCGCCGCAUGCCGCGCGUGCCGUCUUGCGAUCGAUGCCGCGCAUCCACCAGCCGACGGUGCUCCGUACGCCAUCUGGCCGUGGGCUGUCGUUCAUUCCGCACGGCGAGGGCACGCGCUCCCGCCACGCCAGCAUGCUGUCGAAUGCUGUCGCGUCCGGCACGAACCACACCACGAUCAGCAGCAGUGCGUCGUCGCUUGCUGGCGUGCUCGCGCGCUCGGUGGCGGUCGCGGCUACCGCGUCGAGCAUCGGUAUCCCGGACCGCUUGGAGGCGGCAGAGCGCGUACCGCGGGAACGGGUCAGCGCGGCGUCGCUCACCUCUGUCGACUCGGCCGGGUCAGAGUUCGAAGACACGUUCGGAAGGCAGAAGGCAGCGCGCGCUGCCGCAAAGCUUGGGGGCGUGAGCGGCUCACGUGCUCGUGCUCGCCCUGCCCUCGACAUUCCGCCCGUGCCGCCGCUCCCUCCCCAGUUUGCGGCUGCGCAACAACAACGCCCCGUCCGCACAGACGACGGCGCCUCGCGCUCGGCCUGGGAACCCUCGCCUGCCGUCGCAGCUCCUCCAACUGCCUCGACGACAACUCUUGACUCCUACGAUAUCAGUAUCGAUUACGACCAGCGAUUUGGCGACGACGACCAAAACGACGACGACGACGACAUGGACACGACGAUUGACGACACGCCCGAGCUGCACGAGGUCGGCGAGAACAACUCGACGCCAGCAACCACCCCCCUUCCAGUGUACCGUUCUCCGCCGCCAUCGGCGCGCUCGGCAGCCAGCUCAAAGUUCCACACGCCCGAGUCGCGCUCCAGCGCGAGAUUCUACACCCCAGAGGUGAAGGACACGGACAAGUGGCGCGUCGAGGAGGAGACAGAGCACAGCCUCAACGAGGUCAAGGACCCGAACGCUGUCGCCUCGGCGUCAUCGUCGUCCUGCGCGGCCAAGACCCCGACCCCAACAGCAGACAAAACCGCCUACGUGCCGCCGUACGAGCCUCGGCGGAAGCACGGCAAGCAGGAGGCGAACGGCCUCGGCCCAGCGGUCGCCCUGUCACCUUCAAAGCGCCGGGCGUCGCCAGCGCCCGCGUUCCCGCCCACACCCGCGCCCCUCGGCGACGACAGCGCGGCACUCAGCCUGACGCUCAUCGCGUCCCUCGGCAGCGCGAGCGGCGACCCGCUCGCCCUGUCCCGCCGCCGCGUCGAGCUCUCCCUCGCGUGGCUCGCGUCUCCGCCACCAAGCUGGUGGGACUAUGUCCCGUUUGCGCGGUACGCGCCACGCUGGACCAUCCGCCUCGCGUCGGGCGCCAGCGGCCGCGAGCGCGCCGCGGGCAAGCGCAGGGCCGUGGCGACGUCGUCGCCUACUACGCCCAAUACCCCGCCCCGUCGUCGCGACCGCGAGGCGGACGGCAUCGUCCAGGCCGUCGUCGGCAACCUGCCCAUCGUGGGGCGGUUUGCAACGUGGCUGUAA